AUGCCUAACUAUCGAUUGUCACGGGCUGGUGCCUGGCGAGCGAGCCAAGUCCUCUGCUCUUCUUCUCUUUCCCACGCCCAGCAGAGGGCCAACCACUCUCAGACUACCAAAUCCCUUGAUUCGAUUCUGAUCGCAAAUCGAGGCGAAAUCGCGAUUCGUGUCAAUCGAACUGCUGCCCAGCAUGGAAUCCGGACCACUACUCUCUACACAAAUCCGGACGCUCUCUCACAGCAUGCCCAUUGCUCGCCCUUCUCAUUUAACCUCGGUCCCACUGCGGCUUAUCUGGACCAAGAGAAAAUACUCGCCAUAGCGAAACAGCAGGGUUGUCCGGCAAUUCAUCCAGGCUAUGGGUUCCUAUCGGAAAAUGCAGAGUUCGCAAGGAGAUGUGCCGAUGAAGGUGUUACUUUCAUUGGGCCUCCGCCCAGCGCCAUCGAGGACAUGGGGGACAAGGCACGAAGCAAAGAGAUCAUGAACGCGGCUGGGGUUCCAUGCGUGCCGGGAUAUCACGGGGCAGAUCAGAAUCCAACAACUCUUGCUGAAGAAGCAGAGCAAAUUGGCUACCCGGUUCUCAUCAAGGCUGUUCGAGGUGGAGGUGGGAAAGGCAUGCGGAUUGUAAAGAGCGCAAAGGACUUCCCGGACAUGCUCGAAAGCGCGAGGAGUGAGGCACGGAACUCGUUCGGCAACGACGACGUGCUAGUGGAGAAAUACAUCACGACGCCACGGCAUAUAGAGGUCCAGGUGUUUGCUGACCAGCAUGGCAAUUGCGUCGCGCUUGGUGAGCGAGACUGCUCGAUUCAGCGGAGGCACCAGAAGAUCCUGGAAGAAUCGCCGGCACCAAACCUGGACGACGCGAUACGCAAGGACAUCUGGGAAAAGGCUCGAGCCGCCGCCCUUGCUGUCAAGUACGAGGGUGCUGGAACGGUAGAAUUCAUCUUCGACAACGAUUCUGGCGAGUUUUAUUUCAUGGAGAUGAACACACGGCUACAAGUCGAGCAUCCCGUGACGGAAAUGGUGACUGGACUUGACCUUGUCCACUGGCAGAUCCUGGUCGCAGAGGGCAGGGCCUUGCCGCUGACCCAGCAGGAGGUGGAAGAGCAGAUCGCGCGGCGAGGUCAUGCCAUCGAAGCUCGAAUAUAUGCCGAGAACCCGGACAAGGGGUUCAUCCCAGAUUCCGGGAAACUCCUGCAUGUCAGGCUGCCUAAAGAGACCACCGAUGUCCGCAUUGACAGUGGCUUUGUCGAAGGCGACGAAGUGUCAAGCCACUACGACCCCAUGAUCGCCAAGUUGAUCGUUCGAGGGGAGGACAGGAAAGACGCGUUGCGGAAGAUGGCCGCGGCUUUGCAGGACUACGAGGUCGCUGGGCCAGUGACGAACAUCGAUUUCCUCAAACGAGUAUGCAAGUCCCCCGACUUCGUGGCUGGCCAAGUCGAGACCGGCUACAUCGACAAACAUCGUGAGGAACUGUUCUCGCAGACAGCCGUGACCCCUGAAGUCCUCGCCCAGGCGGCGAUAGCUUCGUUCUUGCACUCAUCCCCACAAUCGCCGGCAUCAGACAUCGCAGCAUGGCAACCGCCCUCGUCGCCCUCUUGGCUCAGCACAACAUCCGAUUUCCAGCCUCGGAUAUUUCAGUUUCAAGCAGCCGACUCCGCACCGGGACCUGGCAAAACACCAGAAACCUACAGCAUCGAGCUUCAGCAGACCACGCCGGGCCAUUUCUCGGUGAGCAUACCCUCCAAAGCGGAGGCCAUACAGGUAUCGGCCUCUUUCGAUCGGUCCACCAAUACCAUGACCACAUACUUUUUCCAUACCCGUCAGACGUCUUGCAUUGUGCUCGGCUCGUCGGACGCUGGCAUCAUCCAUCUCUUUACGCCUCAAGGAUUGUUUCGUCUUGUUAUUCCGUCGCCGGCUUGGCUGUCCAAAGCGCUCGGCGUGGUUGAGAAGCCCAACUCACUGUUCUCGCCCAUGCCGGCGAAGAUACUACGGGUGCUCGUUAGGCCAGGCGAUACAGUGCAUAAGGACCAAGCGCUCCUAGUCAUUGAAAGCAUGAAGAUGGAAACUGUCAUCCGCAGUCCCGCCGAGGGAUCCGUGGUGAAGCGAGUUGUGCAUGGUGAAGGCGAAGUCGUGCGCAGUGGUGUUGAGUUGGUGGAGUUCGAACAGGAACGAGCACAAGAGCCGAACGCUUGA